GCAAGCCCACUCCUCAACGUCAGCUUACUCGAUCCUUAACAACUUUUAUAAUAUCCUCUCGUGACUAUAUUUCGCUGUUAUCUCGAGUGAAGUUCUCGACGCGCCUGCACGAUGCCUCCCAAAGACAAGUCAGCGGCCGAGUCUGCGGCGUCCCAAGAGAUCACCGGCCAGAGCGCUCUUCCCAUAUCGCGAAUCAAGAAAAUCAUUCAACUCGAUGACGAUAUCGUUCAGUGCUCGAGUAACGCUACGUUCGUCAUUGCUAUGGCUACGGAAAUGUUCAUCCAAUACCUCACCGAACAAGGCCACAAUGUCGUCAAAUCCGAACGAAAACCGCGCAAGACCAUCCAGUACAAGGAUCUAGCUACGGCGGUGUCGCGCAUCGAUAAUCUCGAAUUCCUCUCCGACGUGAUCCCCAAGACGACGACGUAUAAGCAAUUUAAGGAGAAACGAGCAAAGGAGGUAGGCAAGGAAGCCGAAUACGAGAAGGGACAGCGCACAUUGAACGGGAGCCUACCUCCAGCGGCUGAAGGGCAACCAGAGGUGGACAACCAGGAGGCUCAACUGGGAUCAGACGACAAGCCCUCGAGAGGUUCCCGACCUCCCACAGUGACGAUGAUGGUUGAUCGAACAGUGGAAGCACCAACGGAAGAUCAGGAUGUGGAGAUGACCGACCAGUGACCGCGACAAACGACCAUAAUUUGACGGGGCAUUGCAUGGCAUUGGGGAGUUAUUUGGG